CUCCGUCGUAAGUGCUUUGCCCAGAUAUUUUUCUUAGCUUGUUAAUUGUUCCUAUGCAAAGAUUUGUUUGGAUACGAGUUCAUGUUUUCUUGGCAAUUCAUUUAUAUCUAAUUCUUAUGCUAUCAUAAUAUGCAGGGUAACGCCACACCGGGAUAAUGAGGACGCCAAUACUAUUGACAGUCAUUAUCUCGAUAUGCACCUCUUCUCAUCACUCUGUACAUCAUCAGAAGAAACCCCCAUCACAAGUGACCACGCUAAAAGCUGUUCCAGUGGUCAUGUGGCAUGGAAUGGGUGACUGUUGCUGCAAUCCUUUGUCCAUGGGUCGCAUCAAGAGAUUGAUAGAAGAAAAUGUGGAAGGUAUCUAUGUCAAGAGUUUAAUGCUUGGCGAGAAUAUUGCAUCGGACACCGAGCGUGGAUUUUUGGCGAACAUGAAUAAUUUGGUGAGCAAUGCAUGUGAGCAAAUCCGGAACGAUUCACUGCUGCAGCUGGGGUACAAUGCCAUUGGAUUCUCACAAGGAGGACAAUUCGUACGAGCCCUUGCCGAAAGGUGUCCGGACCCACCGAUGCGAAACCUAAUCUCGCUUGGUGGGCAACAGCAAGGCGUUUAUGGACUGCCAUACUGCCCAGGUGACACCAGGCUGUGCAAUAUUAUUCGUAGACUUCUGGAUAUGGGAGCAUACAAUUACUAUGUUCAGCAAACAGUUGUUCAAGCACAAUAUUGGCAUGAUCCUUAUAAUGAAGACGAGUACAGGAGGAGAAGCAUAUUUUUGGCCGACAUCAAUAAUGAACGGGAAAUCAAUCCAGACUACAAAAAAAAUCUGCUGAAUCUGAAAAACAUGCUGCUUAUCCUUUUCAAAGACGAUCACAUGGUGGUUCCGAAGGAGUCUGCCUGGUUUGGUUUCUACAAAGAGGGUGAUAUGGACACAAUUUUGCCCAUGAAUGAAACAAGACUCUACAAAGAGGAUUUGAUCGGAUUGCGAAAACUCAACGAAUUGGGUCGCGUGCAUUUUCUGGCUUUGGAAGGAGAUCAUCUACAGAUCGAUGAGAAAACAUUCAUCAAAGAAAUCAUAGAAAAGUUUCUAAAAUGAAUAUUGUCUGAUCGUGUAC